AUGGCAGAUACAAAGGCUUCAGUUGGACCGAGGCAGAAAAGGAUACGACACAUCAAAUCAGUAGCAGGUCGGAAUAUUGUAUCCAAAGUCAUUCAAGACGAUGAAGAUGAGCUGGCCUUUCAAUCAGAUACUCUUUGGCCACCUUCAAGCCGCAACAUGAAGCGGUCAGAAAGUGCCGCUUCUCUCAGUGCAACCACAGCUGUGGAGGAUUCCUCGCUGAUGAAACGAGCUUAUCAAAAGAGCGAGCAGCAAAUGCAGAGUUUAGGAUUACUCGACGCCUAUUUCACUCUCUCCACUGGCAACAUUUAUCAGCCUGCAUUCUACAAGAGCGAAAUGAUACCCAACACGAUGAAUCCCACAUUUCGAUCCUUGCCAUGUCCUUUUGACUGGAUGAACUGGUAUGACGCUGCAUCGAGUUUAAUCAUCAUUCGACUCUGGACGAGACACUCUAUCCCUGAAUCUGCUGGUCAACACACAGAGCCUGUUUUGGGAUACUUGACGGACAACAAGGAUAGCCAAGAGGGAUUUCAGCUUUUGAUCGAGUGGCAAGUGGACCUGAACGCGUUGGCAUGGAUAGGCAAGUCAAUGCAUCACAGUUUCCCUGAGAAUACGCUCCUGGUGGAAUUGGACGAUGGCUACUACUCUGCUCCCGAUAUCAAGACUUUUGUCACUAGUCAAAGUAAAAGAUUAAGUUUCCUGGAUAUGGACCAUCUCCAAGCAGACAGUGCCAGCGUUCGCACAGUGAGUUCAGUGCACAAGAACAAGAGAUCAUACACAUACAACAGCAUCAUCAAAUUAAACACACUACUGGAUUGUAUAUUCGACACACAAACAUCAUCCAACGAAAUCAGACAGAAUGUGCAGAAUAUAUUGGACCAAGAAGAAGGAGGUUUUCGACUGAAACGAGAGCUGAACCAGCACAGAUCCAACCUCAUCGAUAAGGAAUACAAACUGAUGCAGCAAAAGAAGCUACUGAUACAAAAGACAGACAAGAUCAAGCGCAAAAAGCAAGAGAUUGAGGAUCGCAGGAUGGAUCUGUUGGAUGCGCUGCAUCGACAUGACGUUGGCGUGGACGAUUUGCAGGAGAACGAGACUGUGCUAGAAAAGAACAUCAACAUGAGACAGGCCAUGUUCCACACAUUGAAUAGACGAAAGAAGGAACUGAUUGCUGAUCUAUUCUUUAUAUACCCCAUAGAACAGUCAUAUGAUGAUUCGCAACAGUUUCGUAUUCGUGGUAUCUACUUGCCAAAUUCAGUGUAUGAUGGUCAGAAUGAUGAAAUGAUCGCUACUGCUCUAGGCUUCACCGCUCAUUUGGUGUCCAUGCUGGCAUAUUACCUGGAAAUCCCGCUCAGAUACCCCACCACGCCAAUGAGCUCAAGAUCGACCAUCCGAGAUUUGGUGUCGUUGAUCAGUGGGUCAAGAGAGUUUCCUUUAUAUGCUAAAGGUGUGGAUCGAUAUCGCUUUGAAUUUGGUGUGUUUCUAUUAAACAAAAAUAUCGAGCAAUUGAUGAAUUCUUACGGUCUCAUCGUCAUUGAUCUUCGACACACGCUUCCCAACAUACACUACUUUAUCCAAGCGAUACUUACAACGUCAGUGACAUCCAAGCCCACCUCCAUGUCUGUUUUAUCCAUAUCGUCGUAUGCCAAUGGAGGCCAUACAACGCAUGAUGAUAGUAGUAGUCCUAUCAGGCAAGACCACAACCACCUCACUUUACAACCUAAUGCAUUACCUCAGCCGCCCUCCCCUUCUGUCUCCACUCAUUCGAUGAAUACUACCUUUACCCACUCUCCCAAAUCAUCCAUCAGUUACCCCUCUGCCGCAUUUUUGAAUACACCGCAAGCAAUGACGGCUCCAGCAUUGCUAGAUGCUAUCACUACCUCUUCAAGCAGCCAUGCAGCACCGCAAUAA